UUGAUUUAGGCUUAUGAACAUUUGAAGAGAAAAAUAUUAGGCCUAUUGGUCGUUUUUACAUUUAGUAAGAACUGAUAGUAUUUCAAUGUUCAACACAAGUCUUAGUCUACUGUCUAGCAUCGGAAAGAAUUUUGGAUGUGGAUUUUUGGAAGGGUUUUAAACAAGAUUCUUAAAUCACAAAAAAACAUGGGGAAAAAGUGGAAAAAAAGAAAUGCUAUCAAAAACCAGGGAGGUAAGGAAAAGAAUUUCAACAGAGGAGGCAAAGUGGGUGAAGCUUAUGACUUAGGCAAGAGGGACAAUGAGCUGUUUGUCAAAUAUUAUAAGGGUCAAGGCAUUGUACCUGAGGAGGAGUGGGAUGAAUUUUAUUCCAUUUUAAAAACAACACUGCCAGUCACAUUUCGAAUUACUGGAUACAAAAGCCAAUGUGAGGAGAUGUUAAAGAACAUAAAAGGGAAAUUUUUCAGCAGCCUUCUGAAUGUCAAAGUAGAUGGGGAAGACAUUCAACCUCCUAAACAGUUAGUGUGGUACCCCAAUGAGCUUGGCUGGCAGCUUGACCUUUCCCGUAAGGCAGUCAGAAGUAGUGAACACUUUUCACGUCUGCAUGAUUUUCUAGUGGCAGAAACAGAAUGUGGCUCCAUCAGUAGACAAGAAGCAGUCAGCAUGAUUCCACCACUAGUUCUAGAUAUCCAGUCACACCAUAAGAUUUUGGAUAUGUGUGCUGCACCUGGAUCAAAAACAGCCCAGUUAAUAGAAUACCUGCACAGUACAAGUCCUCCAGGUGAGCUACCAACCGGCUAUGUGAUAGCCAACGACACAGACAACAAGCGUUGCUACCUGAUGGUUCACCAGGUGAAACGUCUACAGAGCCCCUGUUGUAUCAUUGUUAAUCAUGAUGGGACUUUUUUUCCCAAGAUAAGGACCAACACAGAUGAUGCCAAACCUGAAUUUCAGCUGUUUGAUCGCAUAUUAUGUGAUGUUCCUUGCAGUGGUGAUGGAACAAUGCGCAAGAAUUUUGAUGUGUGGAACAAAUGGCACCCACUACAAGGUGCAAACCUGCAUGGACUCCAGUGUAAGAUACUGAAGCGUGGCUGUCAGCUUCUAGCAGUGGGUGGCAGGCUAGUCUACUCCACCUGCUCCCUGAACCCACAGGAGGACGAGGCAGUUAUUGCAGACCUGCUGAGGACAUCUGAGGGCGCCAUGGAGCUUGUUGACAUACACAACCUGCUGCCAGGGUUAAAGUACUCCAAAGGCUUGUCAACAUGGAAGGUAAUGACCAAAACGGGUGAAUGGAUUUCCUCCCCUGCUGAGAUCCCAGCACCAAUGCAGACCCAGUUCAAGCACACCAUCUUCCCUCCCACACCAGAGGAGGCAGAGAAAUUUCAUCUAGACAGAUGUAUGCGUAUCCUCCCCCAUCAUCAAGACACUGGUGGAUUUUUUGUUGCCGCUCUCCAGAAAGUGAGCCAUUUACCUGGCUCCAGGGAGAUCAGACUAGCUCAAGCAGAAAGUGCUCAAGCAGGAAAUGGUGCCAGUAAUGAGACAGCUCCACCUGCUGAAACAGUGACACCUGCUGAAACAGUGACACCUGCUGGUGAUUCAACUGACAAAGUGUUGGAAGAGGCUGGAGCUCCUGAGGCUGUCAAGCCACCUGUUGGUGACAAGAGGAAGGGGCCUGCAAGUGGAGAGGAGCCCAGAGCAAAGAAAAAGAAAUUACAUGGUUACAAGGAAGAUCCUUUUCUGUUUAUGGAGGAGACAGAUCCAGCAUGGAAGCCAAUUAGAGAUUUCUUUGGGUUGGGCAAAGACUGUCCUGUGGACCAAAUUUUGUUCAGAUCUCAACAAGGAAAGAGAACUCUAUAUUUUGUUUCCAAGGCUGUAAGGGAAAUAACAAGAUGUAAUGAGGACAAAAUCAGGUUCAUUAACAUGGGAGUCAAAGCAUUCAGUCGCAGUCCAUCACCCAUUGUCCCGCAAUGUGACUUCAGAAUUACUCAAGAGUGUCUUGGCACUUUGUUGUCAAACAUCAGCCACAGGAAAGUAACAGUCACCAAAGAGGAUGCCAUCAUCACCAUCAGCCAGGAGAAUCCAUUCAUCAGUAAACUUAGUGAAGGCACACAGGCCCAGUUACAUGCUCUUUCACCUGGAAGUACUGUGUUUAUAUUUAGUCCAAGUGAAAAAGAGCCAUCCCCUAGCUGUGAUGUAGUUUUCUGUGGCUGGAGAGGAAAAAAUUCUGUCCGCUGCUUUGGUGCUCGUAGUGACCGAGCUCAUGCUCUCAUGUUGUUGGGAGAAGACUUGAAGGAGAUCAACAAAAGAGUUGAAGCAGAGAAAAAAGCCAAACAAAAAGCAAAAGAUGAGAUAAAAGAAACACCAGAUGAUGAUGAUGCUCCAAAAGAAGAGGUUGAUGAUGAGUUACCAGUUGCUGAAGAGGAGGAAAAAGAUAACACAGACGACAUAAGUGAUGAUGUAGAGACAAAAGAAUUGACAGAGGACACAAAACAGUGACAGAAGAUCAAAUUCAAAUUUAUAGUUCAACAAUAAAUAUAAUUAAAAGUU